CUAUUGUCAACGCCGCGUAGUCUGAGUUCUUCACGCUUGGACUCCCUGCCAUCAAUCCGCGAUAUCAUUUACUCUCGUCCUCCAGGACGCCACCGCCCUGAAAACAACAACAACCCAGCCUGAUCAUGGCGGACAGAGGUCGUGGAGUCGGCAGAGGGGCACGCGGUGCCGCGAGAGGGCGAAAUUCCCAGGCUCAGCCCACGAUGGAUAAGCCGAAGCGCGAGGCUAUCCUCGACCUCUCGAAAUACGUAAACGAAAGAAUUAGGGUGAAGUUUACUGGUGGUAGAGAAGUCACUGGAAUCUUGAAGGGCUACGACCAACUCCUGAACCUCGUGCUUGAUGAGGUACAGGAGCAGUUACAAACAGAGACGGAGUCCCACAUUCGUUCGCUUGGCCUGGCCGUUCUGCGAGGACCGACUAUCACACUGCUAAGCCCUGUGGAUGGAUCUGAAGAAAUUGCCAACCCUUUCCUUGCUCAAGAGUGAUCGACGCCGUUGACUGUUUUUACUGCUUCGCUAAAAUGCUCUGGACAUGUUUGAGUGACCUCAGAGAUCAUGCCUGCUAUGCCGGUACGCCCCCGCGCCGCUGUCGAAUACCAUGAGUCUGCGAUAGAGUAUUAAAAUGUACGACGGUUCUGUACCUCUGGGUAUUUGUAUCAUAAAAGGUGUCUGAAACUCUAGAAAGACUUCCACC